CAGUGAUUAGUGGUGGGCGGAUGAGACAACCCAAGUGACUAUUACUUGUACUUAGUUUAUUUGUGGUGUUUGCAUGUGCUAAUUCUUGAGAAUGGUUCUUCAUCAACAUGAGAUCCCUCUGGUACCUGCAGACCAAAGCAGAGUAUCAACAGUAAACAACUGUGUGGAUGUUCUUCUGCAUUUAGAGAAGGUGGUUGAUGAUGUCUUCAAUUCCAUCAGCUCUCAUUUAGAAGAGACAUCAAAUCGUCUCCAGAAUUUGAAGCAGAGGGCAGCAAAUGCUCAGGCCAAGGUAGACAAAUUGACAGGUGCAAGCAAAGCCACUCAGGUAUUUUCCAGUGCACAGUAUCCAGGUGGUGACAAAUAUAAGCCUUAUCACCCAAUUCAUAAAGGAGAAGAUCCAAUACCAUUUAUAUCAACACCAGUGAAGUUGAAAGAAGAUCUGUUAUUUAAUGCAGCUAAUUUACAAGAGAAACUACAGUUCUAUCACGUACGUGAACGGCACGGAGCAUCACUCAAAGUGGAGGGACUCGAGGAUACAAACCAAGAAGAUGGGUUAGGUAGAUUACCGCCUUACCUCUCCUCUGUCUCAUCACUGCUGCUCUUCAAUACAACUCACAAUCCUUAUGUUGUAAAAGCUGAUAUUACACAAGACUACUUCAGUUUUAAAGUGAGAGAAGGAGAUCAGAUGGGACUCAUGGCAAAAGAUGAAUACCAAUAUCUUCCAGACCUGUCAGACCUCCCCGAUUUGGACCUUCCUAUGGAGUUGCCGUCACUUGGCCCCGGUCAGUCUUCAAUGAAAUGGAAUUUUUUAUUUACAGGUGUUGCAAAUGAUCUUCUCUAUGAUGCUGAUAUAGGACCGGCCAUAGCUCCAUCCUUUGGGAUGCCUGACCUACCAACUUUCAGCUUAGAUAACACAGAUAUAACCUCUGUGGCUCAUGCUUCUCCUGAACCUCCACCACCACCACCUCCCCUGACAAGCACAAGUGCUCCCCCUCCUCCACCGCCAAUAGCCUCCAACAGUACUUCAAAUUUAUCCCAUCCACCACCAUCACCUCCAUCAGUUAACAGCAGUGCUGUAGCUCCAACUCCAUCUACAGCAGGACCACCACCACCUCCACCACCACCACCUCCACCACCACCUCCACCCCCACCCCCUGCAUCUGGGGAGUCUAGAAAUCAAUCAGCACCAGAGGUUGUACCUACUGUUGUGGCACCAGAUGCUCGGAGUGACUUGAUGAAAGCUAUUCAGGCAGCAGGAGGUGCUGGAAAAGCCAAACUAAGGAACAGUAAGGAUCGUAGAAAAGAAACCAAAAAGAAAGAGACAACAGCAGUAGCAGCUCCAGCAGGUGACCUCAUGGGCGAUUUGUUUAACCGACUCUUACAGAGACGAAAAGGCAUAUCUGGUGUUCAGAAAGAUGGAAACUGUGUCACAGAUUCAAAAGCAGCAAAAAGCAGUGGAGAUACAACAACCAUGGAGAAAAUGUCAGCUAUUAUACCACCACCUCCUCUAACCCCUGAAGCUAUGGACAAUGAAGCAGAUGGCAGUGAUGGUGACUGGGAAUGAAUGUUAUUGUUCAUGACACAUAUCAGCAGCUCAUAUUUCCUAGAUUAAAUUUAGAAAUAUAUAUUUGAGUAUUUCUUAAUGAUAUAUCAAAAGUCAAAGCGACAUGACAAAAUAAUUGUGUGCCUUCAGAACUUUAAUCAAGGUAUGAAGUACAGACACUCCCUGGGUUAUGGAUGGGUUCUGUUCCUGGAGGCUAUCCAUAAGCCAGAAGUGACCCUUCCAUAGGUAAUCAUUGAACACACUUUGUACACAUAAUUUAUAUACAUUUAUUGUACUAUACAGGUAUGGGACCAUUUAUCUGGCAUGCUUGGGACCUGGGGGUUGCCAGAUAGGCUGUGAAAACUGUUCAGAUCACUAGAUUCACACCUAAAAGUAGGUUUAACUGUACACUGUAACAUUAAAACUUAAGAUUAUGGUAAUAUAAACACCAAUAAUAAAAGUACAAUAUAUAAAUAGCAUUAAUGAAAGCCCCUGGUGCUUGCCUUAUCAACGUAAUAGCAUCUCUAGCAAUGGUGCUGAGCCAUGGAUCUUCCCACCUCCACACACAGACUGUAUGUAGGAUUGUGUGUGUAUGGAACUCAUAAAAACGUUACAUAAAGUUAAAAAAUAACCAUAACAUAACAGUGCUCAAAGGUGGGGCAUGGUUGGAAAUUUCCCCACUCGGUCUGGGAAUUACCUUAUUUGGCACUCAUUUUAAAUAGGACUUAUGGAAGAAUAUCCGUAAAGUCGGAAAUUUGGGGUCCGCGUCAUCCAUAACCUGGGGAAUGUCUGUACACUUUUUGUAAACCAAGUUAGUCCGUGUUUUACAGUGGAGUCUCAAUAAUUUGUGGUUACGUACCAGAAGACAUUGUGAAAUAUCAGAUCGCAAAUUAGUUGAAUUCAAAAGAAAAUAAUUAGUUUGGUUCCAGAGGCCAAGAAAUACCCAUAAACUGUUACAAAACAGCUUUAAUAAACACUAAACAUCGCACAUAAUACAUAAAAAAUACAGUAACACAUAGAUAUUGUACAAAAAGUAGUUAUAUUAUAUAAACAGCUCCUCCUUCCUUUCUCAUAAUUUCCUGUGGGUUAUGCCAAUUCACUAACAUGGAGACAGGCAGGCUGUGACCACACUAUGUCAAAAAUACCAGCAAUUUAUUACCAUAAGCUCAUCUGAGGUUGAGUGUGGGAAUAUUUUUAUUUAUUUUUUAAUUUAAUACUUUACGAUAAUGUUUCAUAAACCCGGUGGUACCAAAUGAACCUAAAUAAUAUGGGAAUUGUGUAGUGUUAUAUAAAUGAGGUCAGAGGUGGUAGGGGUGCCGAGGGCUCUAGAACCGGGGGGGGGGGGGUGCCUUGCCUCCCACAAACAUUUCAUUUCCCACUUCUCAUUUUUCUUAUUUUCUUUUCUUUAUUUUAAGUUAAAUUAGAGCAAUUAAAUUAUAUUUUUAACACAUUUAUGGUUUCUUAUGUAAAUAAACACUGCGGCAGUCAGCGCUCGGCCGCAUAUUGUGAAUAUUUGACCGCAAAAUGUAAAAAAACAGAGGUAGUAAUAGUUACCCACGAAUUUAAGAAUGCAAAUUUGUAUUUCGUGAAUUAUCGUGACUUCGCUGAAGAAACAGGCUGGCUUUUGUAAAACUCCCUCCACUUACCUUGACUCCAAACAAAUUUAUGGAAAUUCAUAACCAUUUCACUACAUUUGCAUUUUUUUUUUUUUGCUCCUGUCUUUCUCAUCCCACUUGAUUUACUGUAUAUGCUACACACAUCAAAA